CUCGGAUUUCACUAUAAGACCUGGACUGACCACCUUGUGAAGCUCAGCAGACCUGACUGCCUGUUAAAGCCACCGGGGAUCCUCCCUCCACCUGCUUCACUUUGCGGUCUAAGGUGCUCAGUUCAAGAUGUCUGACACGGAAGAAGUGUAUGAAGAACAUGAAGAGGGAGAAGAGAUUCCAGAGGAAGAAGAGGUUAUUGAAGAAGAAGUACACCAUGAAGAAGAGGAGGAGAAACCAAGGAUGAAACUGACUGCUCCCAAAAUCCCAGAAGGAGAAAAAGUUGACUUUGAUGACAUCCAGAAGAAGCGCCAGAACAAAGAUCUAAUGGAGUUACAGGGUCUGAUUGAUCUUCAUUUUGAGAAUAGGAAGAAGGAAGAAGAGGAACUGAUUGCUCUGAAAGAGAGGAUUGAAAAACGCAGAGCAGAAAGAUCUGAACAGCAAAGAAUUCGCGCUGAGAAGGAAAAGGAGCGUCAGGCCAGGCAGGCGGAGGAGAAAGCAAGAAAGGAAGAGGAUGAUGCCAGGAGGAGGGCUGAUGAUGAUGCCAAGAAGAAGAAGGCUCUGAGCAGCAUGGGUGCUCAAUACAGCAGCUACCUUGCCAAGGCUGAUCAGAAGAGAGGGAAAAAACAGACUGAAAGGGAAAAGAAGAGGAAAAUCCUUGCAGAGAGGCGCAAACCACUCAACAUUGAUCAUCUUAAUGAAGACAAGCUUAGGGAAAAAGCCAAGGAACUAUAUGACUGGUUGAGACAACUAGAAUCUGAAAAAUUUGAUAUGUGUGAAAAACUGAAGAGGCAGAAGUAUGAGAUUACAUCACUGCGUAAGAGAAUGGAGCUACUGGCUAAGUUCAGCAAGAAGGGUGCUGGCAAGGGCAAGGUUGGUGGCCGCUGGAAGUAGACGGUUGAAGCAAAUGCCUCCAUUGCAGCAUGACCUGACUGCGUUGUCCCAAGCUUGGAUUCUUAUGAGGCAAAUCUCAAGUGGCAAACAAUUUAUAGCACUAUUAAGUCCAAUGCUUAUAAACAAUCUAUUUUACUGUGUUGCACACUGGAUCUAUAACAAUUAUCCCCUUUAUUUACAGAUGUUAAUAUAGCGCUGAUCCUCUUCUAUUAUAAACAACUGUCCUAACAUUCUUGUUUUUGUAAAUAAAGUGUGGCAUCUAAUUUA